GCAAUAAAUAAAUAAAUAUGGUUGAUCGCAGUAUUCUUAUGAGAACGUUUUCGGCUAAAAUAUAAUUCUAAAUAUUUUAAAAAUUUAACAAAAAAAUGACAUAUAUUUUACAAAGACAUCGCGAAUUUACUGGGCCUACUCCUCAUAGUGUCGCAAUUCUUGGACGAUUAAAAAGUAAAAAACCCGCUGAACAUUUAACUCUUGAGCGAAGAAAGAUUGAAGAGUUGAGAAAUCAAUCUAUAUCAGAAGCUAAAUACGACAAACUGAAGAAGUUAAAAGCAGUAUGGGAGAUGAAAACUGAUCAACUUCUUGAAAAGAGCUGCGUUAUGAGAAAUAUAGACAAACAUUUUCAGGAAGAACAGAAGGCUUUAGAAAUUAGAAAAGAAAAAUUGAAAUUGAUGCUUGAAGCAGAAGAGAAAAAAUAUCUAUUGGAGCUUGAUUGUAAAGAGGAAGUAGAUCAACAAAAACUUAUGAAAGAUAAAUUAGAGUUCUUAAAGAAAAAACGAGAAAGUGAAAAACAGCUUUAUGUGGCAGAGAAAAUGGAAAAGAAGUUUAGGGAGGAAUGUCAUGAUCUUCGUACUCAGCUAAGUAAGCAAACGCAAAACAAGAUAUUUGCUGAUCGAAAUGAACAACUUUUAAUUAAGGCAGAGAAAUUGAAAAAAGAAGCAGAAAUUGAACAUUAUUUUGCUGAAAUGUGCAAACAAGAUAUUAAAUGUAAAGAGCUUCAAGAAGAAAUAAAAGCAAAUGAAAAAGCUAAACUAAACCAAUCUGUUAUAGAGACUUUAAAUAUGCAACGUCAAGCAUUGGAAAAUCAACGUCAAGAAGAAAAAAAAAUCAAGCAAAAUGAGGCAGACAUACUAAAAAAAGAAGUAAACGAACUAAAAGCUGAAGAAAAUUUAAGGAAUAAGCAAAUAAAAGCUAAAAUAUUAUUUGCAAAAAAAGAACAAGAUUUAUUAUUGAAGUUAAAAAAAGAAAGUAAAGCAAAAGAAAAAGAUUUUGAUUUUGAAACACAAAAUACUUAUGAUGAAGUUCUUGAAAAGCAAAUGAUUGAAAAGAAAAAAAAUUCUGAUAAGCAAUAUUAUAAGAAGUUGCUUGUAGAACUUAAUAAGAUGGACUCAUCUAAACUCCCAUUAACAGUACUUCCUUGUAUUCAUUCAAAGAAUUGUUGACGCUGUGUUUGUAAAUAAUAUUUAUGAUAUUAAUAUAUGAAAUAUUUGUAUAAAUAUAUGUAAUAAUGCAAUAAUUUUUAAAUGAAU